AGAACAUAGAGAUGUGCCGAUCUUCCAUCAACAGCAUCAAAAAUAAAUUAACUGAUCUUUUAUCUCUUUAUUUGUGGGUCUUGGUUCAGGUUUUUUUUUGCGUGUAGGUCUGUUUGUGAGCGUUGCAAUAAAUACUAUGAAAGAAACAUAAAAGGAGCACUCUUUGUCUUUCUUUAGAGAUUUACAAAAUGAUUAAGUUCUUCCUCUUGAUGAACAAACAAGGGCAAAUAAGACUCUGUCGGUAUUAUGAACCUGUGGAAAUCCAGAAAAGGACAUUGUUAGAAUCUGAUGUCAUUAAAAAAUGUCUAUCACACACAAAGGACCAGUGUUCCUUCGUUGAGUACAAGGAUUUUAAACUGGUUUAUCGUCAGUACGCUGCACUGUUCGUUGUAAUUGGGAUUGAUGAUGCAGAGAAUGAACUGGCAGUGUAUGAACUUAUACAUAAUUUUGUCGAAGUUUUGGACAAAUACUUCAGCAGAGUGUGUGAGUUGGAUAUCAUGUUUAAUUUAGAUAAAGUCCAUGUCAUCUUGGAUGAAAUGAUCUUGAAUGGUCGUAUUGCAGAGACCAACAAAAGCAGAAUUCUUGCUCCACUUCUUGCACUUGAUAAAAUGACUGAAAGUUAAAAUAAAAUCAUGGUCUUAGUUGAGUUUAUUGUCAUAUGCACAAGUACAUGUAUGCACAGGUACAAUGAAAAACUUGCAGCAGCAUCACAGGCACAUAACAUUGUAUAAGCAGCAUUCACAAGAAAAACAUAAAUUAUACACAAUUUUUACGAGAAAGAACACAAUUAGAACACAAAAGAGUCCAUUUUAGUGCAAAGUGAUUACGUCGUCACUAAAUUGUAGUGAUUAGGGUUUUGCUGGUUGGUUCAAGAACCGAAUGAUUGAAGGGAAGUAGCUGUUCUUGAACCUGGUGAUGUGGGACUUCAGGCUUCUGUACCUCCUGCCCAAUGGUAGCUGCAGAAAAGUGGCAUAGCCUGGAUGGUGGGGAUGUUUGAUGAUAGAUGUCACCUUCUUGAGGCAGCGCCUCCUAUUGAUACUAUCAAUGGUGGGGAGGGAUGUGCCCGUGAUGUAUUGGGCAGAGUCCACUACUCUCUGCAGCUUCUUACGUUUCUUUGCAUUCGAAUUGGUAUACCAGAGCAUAAUGCAACCAGUCAGGAUAUUUUCAAAAGUACAUCUGUCGAAGCUUUUUGGAGUGUUUGGUGACAAGCUGGACCUCCUUAACCUCCUAAGAAAAUAAAGAUGCUGGCAUGCUUUCCUUAUGAUUGCAUCUAUGUGCUGAGCCCAGGACAGGUCAUCCAAUGUGCUAAUGUCCAGGAAUUUAAAGCUGCUGACUCUCUCCACUGCCGAUUCCCCCAUUGUAGAUUGGCGCAUGCUCGCCCUCCUUCCCUUUCCUGAAGUCAACGAUCGGUUCUUUAGUUUUGCUGACGUUGAGGAAGAGGUUGUUGUUGUGGCACCACUCAACAAGGUGUUCUAUCUCACAAAUUGCCCAAAGACUGCACCAUCCAAUUGUUCUUUUAAAUCAUGCCAAAUGCUGCUUAAUAGGUUGCUAUGGAGGUUCUAACUUUUACCACAAUGAACAUGCUCCUUGGAUCUGUGUGAAAACUUGCUUUAGAAAAUAUGGCAGGAUUUUUAUCUAAACAUAAAGAUUGUCAAAAAGAUGCUGCAUUAAUUUUGUAUUAUUGUUUAAGUACUUCUAAUUCAUUUAUAAGAUGCAAGCAUCAGUGCUUUGGUUGCUAUUUGUUGCCCAUGCCUAAUUGCUCUUGAGAAGGUAGUGGUGAGCCAUAGAUGAUAAAGGAAAUGAAUAUUUAGGGAGAAAAAUUGGGUGCCUGCCAAGCAGAUUAUCUUGUCCUGGACAAAUACCAUUUCAAUUAAUUGUAUUAUAAUUUUUGUUUGUUGAAAGAGUUAUUUUGGCACGAAAACACUGAACUUGUGAAGAGCUGGUGCAUUUCAUCUCAUAACUCUUUUAGUGUGAGCUGCUUGACCAAUAUUUGGUUGUCUUCAGUUAUCUACAACAAGACAUCUGUUACUUAUUACAGUGAAUGUAAAAUUGUGAACAGCCUGGAAUAUGUUAGAUUGUUUCCAUUAUUAGAAGUAUGUCAGAAACUGGAAUAGAAUAUUUAUAUCGAUUUAAUUGAGUUUCAGAUUGAGGAAUAGUAAAUCAUUCAAAUGCUGAAGAUUGGUAUUCACUCAAUAGACUUGACUGGAUACUGAAAAAAAUCUAUUGUCUUUAAGCAAUUGAUUACAUUUGAUUUCAUCAUGACAGGUAUCAAUUAAAUUUUGUGCCCAAAAAGCCAGAUCCAUUUGUCCAGGAAAAAAAAAUCCAAAGGUCCUAAGACAUCUUCACAGAUGCUGCUUGAACUGAUUGUGUUCAGUCCUUUCAGAUUUUCAGCAUCUACAUUAGUUUUCUGUUUAGAAAAUAUUCAUGAUCUAUCUUUACUCAGUGGUAGCAGGGCUGAGUCAGAAAUACCAUUGCAGAGUCUUAAGAAUAAAAUUCAGGGUUCCGCUUGUGUGCAGUAACACAAGACAUUGCACCAUUUGUAGGUAUUGUGUUUCAGAUGAGACUUUAAACUUAACCGUAACUACCUUCUCAGGUAAAAUUAAAAGAUCCCAUUAGAGUAUUUGAGAGAAAAUAAAAUCCCUGAAGCAACAUCACUAAAUUAUGCUAUCUGGCCUUUUAUCUCAUUGCUGUCUGUGGCAGAAAUAGGCAGGCACAUUGCCUCAUUUCCUACAUAACAAUGGUGCAAUUUAGAAGUGUAUAAAUCAGCUUAGAGGCUUUUGGUGCAAACUGAUAUUGUUAAAUGCAAGUCUUUUAAUCAAAGCAGCAGGUUUGAUUCUUGGACUGGCCUUAAGUAGUUGAGUUCACCUUAAGUGGGAAGAAAGACACGAACUGGCAUUACUGCCUUUGUGUCAGGAAGAAGAAAUAGAAAAUGUUACUGGAAGGUGAUUGUUUAAAUAUCAAGUAAGGACCUCCAAAUUACAAGCUAUGACACUAUUGUACCAGUUGUAGAACAUCCAUCUUGCAAAAUCACAGAGGGGAAAUGGAUCACAGAUGAGCAAGACCAUUUAGCUUAUGCUAACUCAUCCAUGCCGUAGUUUGUGACUAAUAAUGAUUUCAUAUGGGGACGUUUCAGAUACUGACUUGACCAGUAAAGGAUGAAGUCAAGUUGAAGCAAACUGUUAACCACAAACUUGAACUAGUCACAUGUCUGAUUAUACGUGAUUUGAAAUGCACAUUUUCUUCUCAGAAGGGGAGGCUUGAUUUUCUUGAACUGGAAGAAAUGAAGGGAUCAAACUUUGGCCAUACUCUUUGUGUGGGCAUUACUCUCCAAAGUGAAGAAUCAGCCUCUGAUGACAGGAGUAUCACACCAGAUUGA